CUUUGGAGAGGCCUCAAGGACAGGCUUGGUUUUUGAAGAUAGCACGGCUAGUGUUAAUAUCACGAUGGAAGACUUAAGGUAAUGAAAUUUUACCUUAUCCAUGAUGAAACAAUAUUUAUAAAGCGUUUUGCUUUCAUAACAGAACUUAUCCUUGCAUAGACAGCAUAUUCACCUAGAUGCAGUCUCUACCGCAUCUCUAACCAGGCCAGCUACUGGGAUCCUUGUAUUAAACCAUCAGCAUGAUGUGACAAUCACUACAGUUCCUAUAAACGCAAAUGCAUGCUCUGUGUAUAUAGAGCUAUAUAUUUACCGUGCAAUGACUCAGGACCUGUUCUGCAUUCCAAUAACUAUUACAACUGAUGGUACUUUCUCUGCCAUACCAAAAUGGUGUGUUCGCUUCAUCCAAGGAGCUGAUUUUGUCGUCUCCUUCAAUCUCUACGAUGGAGAUAAUGUAUACAGAGUUAAUGGAACUUUGGCAGGCUCAGAACUGAGUGGAUGGCAUGCAUUCAAAUUUACAGUGACUUACGGAAGCGGUGACCAUAACUACCAUACUUUCUCUUUCAGUGCUACUGCUGGCUCAACUGGAGAAUUUAUAGCAGGGACAAUUCUCAUAACUGGCAGUAAUACUGACUUUGGUAAUCCACUACCCUUACUAGGCAAAAUUAAAAAUGUUGGCACUACUAUCCCUUUCACUGGGAUGAUCAACAGACUUACCAUUUGUGACACUGUUAGCUUCUGUGGGCACUCGAAUACAUUAACACGGAAUACUUUGAUCGAGGAUUCUGCUAAGCUGUAUCAAUACUAUUGGCCACUCAAUGAUCAAUACAACGACUAUAAAGAGUACAAAGUAAUCUCAUAUGAAAAGAUCCAGAAAGACACAGGUUCAGCUGAUUUCACUUUCUUCAAUGCUGAUAGUACAAAAGUGGUUUAUCCCACUAAUAAUGGAUGGGUGAGUCUGUAUAGAGAUAGCUUGAUAAUGACAGAGCCAUUUCCAUUCAAUAAUGCCAUGCAGUUCACAAUCGAGUUUGAGUUCCUUAAGUUCGAACAAAACACGAUCUUCUGGAUGUAUCCAUGGUUUGAUGAAAUAAAUCAAUUUGAACAAUACUGGACAAACUAUCAACAUCAAAUAAAAGCUGGCUCCAAAGACACCUUCAUCCCAAUGCCUUCCCUAGACUCAGCCAAAUGGACCAAAGUAACAUACUCAUAUACAUAUGACGAAGAUAAUGACAAAAUUACUCUUUCCAUGGAUCGCCAGAUCCUCAGGGACCAAGCCGACAAUUCUGCCAAAACCUGUUCGUUAGAUCCGGUAUCCAUCGACGGCGCUGGGACUAAAGCUCUGGCUUCAGUCUCCACUACUACUAAUACCAUGUCCAUCCGGAUCCAGGGCCUUCAAGGCAUCUUUAGGAAUCUGAAGUAUUACCCAUGGGCAGUUAAUACCGACACUUGUGAACAUUAUGAACCUUAUGAAGAGGCUAAUAAUGCUGGCUACGACUAUCAGCCGGAAGUCUAUCUCCAAAAGUUCAAGUCAGAUACCACAACCAUCUCCAAUUCUACAAACCCAUGCCUGACCUACUUCACCGACCAGCCUUCCCUCUGCAUGGACCUGACCACCCCUGAGCAUGAGUACUGCUCUGAAGGAUUCAGAGAAGAGUACUUCCACUGUGUUGAUCAGUGAGGAGAUGGAAGAGUGCAGAUGGACCCGAGGAUGGCUGAGUGAGAUGAUGGGAAUAGAGAGGGAGGGGAUGGGUGAUCGGAGGAGUGUAUAGUUGAGGAGAAGUAUGUGUGAGUGGUCGAUGAGGUCAUGGAAUAUAAAUCCUAUUGCCAGUUACUGUGAGGAAGUGGAACUCUUGAGACAGAUACUGAAGACUGUGAUGACGGCAACACUAGUAGUGGGGAUGGUUGUGAGAGCAACUGAACUGUCACUCCAAAUUAUAUUUGAGAGCAAAUAACUGGCCAGCCUUCUUACUGUACUCCUAUUUGAGGAAAUUCAGACCUCGAUUUGGGUUAUGGUGAAACAUGCGAUGAUGGAAACAACUUGGAUUUUGAUGGAUGCUCUAGAGACUGUAUCAUUGAGCCUAAUUAUGAUUGCACUCAUGUGACAGGUGAGCCUGAUAACUGAACUUCUGAAUUUUCAAGACCAGUCAUUAUUUCUGACAAAUUUGACCAAACGAAAAAUACAAUUACUAUCGAGUUUGAUCAAGAAAUGAUGGACCAAGAAGUCAAUGACACAAGUGUGUCACUGUCCAUUGAAAGCCCAAAAGCUGAAAUUUCUUUAACAUUCACAACUAAGUUCGAAGGAAAACAGUUCAUUGUCUCUUUCACGCCAAAACCAACUCUUGUUGGAGGAAUUGGUGAAAUUAUCAAGCUGAAUUUGAAAGAAAUUGCAAUGUUUAAAUCUAACAACAGCAUUCCAAUGUUAUCAGCUAUUUCUUUUACAUAUGCUGUUUCAGCAUUUCCUGUCAGUGGAUUAGCUGAAAGCUCAGGAAAAGGUGCAUCAUACGCGUUCUUAUUAACCAUGGUAAUAUCAAUUGUAGUGAGAAUGCUGACUGGUGGAUCUUCAGAAACAAUGUGGAGUAUGGCCAAUACUCUACAGAUUAUGUUCUUUAUGGGUUUGAUUGAGCUAGAUUAUCCAUCUGAUCUUGUAAACACAUUCAAAAUAAUGGCUUACUCUAAUUUUGAAAAUCCAUAUACCAAAUACUUAGCGUCAGUUAUACUGUUUGGAGUAAACUUCGUAAAAUCUCCAGUCAGUCCAAAAUUCGAAAGCUUGGGGUUUGGAUCAACCAGCAUCUUGGCCAACAGCUUGGACAAGAUCGGAAUGGUCUUACUAUUCAUUUUACUCGCAUUGGUAUCAAGCCUCUUCUACAAGUGAGUUCACAAAAGUGAGUCCAGAACAGCAAGAUGAAUCAAGAAAUUUGACAAAUCUAUCAGAUAUGAAUCCUUUACCAGGUUUUUUGUUGAGCUCAUACUCAACCUCUCUGUUGCUAGUUGGAUCAAUAUUUGGUAUGGAGGUGUUUCGAACACUGAAGAUACCAUUGCAUUUGUAGUAUCAAGCUUGGCUUUGCUUGUAAUGUUCAUACUGACUGCAUAUGUAAUUUAUUAUCCAAUUUACCAUUUCAAAGACAUUAAAAUGAACCCUGUCACUCACGAAAGACACUGUAUGUUUUUCGUUGAUUUCAAAAAACAGAGAAUCAAACAACUGCUCUACUUCGGGUUCUUCAUGAUUAGGAGAAUGUUGUUUGCAUUUGUAAUUGUGUGCAUGAAAGAAGACCCUAAGAAACAGCUGAUUUUGUGAAUGUUCAUGUUCACAUGGCAGCUUUAUUACUGAGUGUUAGAGAAGCCAUAUGUGUCUCAAAUCAACAAUGUUCUCAAUGUGUAUAAUGAGUUAGUCUUAGUGUUUUUCACUUGUUUUCUAUAUCUUUUCACUGAAACAAAUGAUUCAAACUCAAUAACUCAAAUAGGAUGGGCAUGCAUUGGAGUUAUCAUAGUGUUCUUUCUGGUGAACUGGUCCAUUAUUUUUCCCUUUCUACUAUAUUCUUGAAUAAAAUCAUGCAAAGGAAAGAAAUUUAACAAGGAAAUGCUAGAUCAGGGUGGUAAUCUAGGUUCCUUAAGUAUAGCUCCCAUGACUACCAAUAUCUUGAACCCAAUCGGAAGAGGAUUUCAGAGACCAGGUUUUUCUAUACAAAAAUUACGUAAAUGAAUCCAACGCUCCUAUCCCCAAACCGGUAAACCCCGCAUCAUACGCGCUCCUCCAAUCUCUCGCAGAAUCUCCCCAUCCCCCAAAAACCCCUUACCCCAACAAAUCCUGGCCAUAAACUCAAAAUUAUCCAUCUAAAAUCCCAAAAAAUCCCCAUUCCCAC